AUGACGGUACGUGCGUAUGACGCUGAGUUCAGUCGCCUUAGGCGCUUUGUGGGAAAGGAAAUUGAGGAUGAGAAAGCACAAGUCCGUCGCUUUAUCCGCGGACUAAGGGUGGACAUCCGCAACCAUUGCGUGAACGGUGUCUUUAACUCGGUCGUGGAAGUGGUGGAAAGGGCGGCCAUGAUUGAAGCUAGAAUAGAGGAGGAGAAACAGCUCAAACGUGAGAGAGUUUCUUCUCGUUCGACCCACCCAGCCAAAACCACCGACCGAAAAAGGAAGUGGAACAAGGUGGAUAACGCAAGGUCUGAACCCAAGUAUGGGGAGUGCAAGACUUGCGGAAAGUACCACAGUGGUUCUUGCUGGAAGACCUUUGGUGCAUGCGGACGUUGUGGAAGUAAGGACCAUGAGAUCCGAAACUGUCCAAGGAUGGACAAUGGCAAUGGGCCAAGGUCCUGCUACUUGUGCGGAAAGGAAGGACAUUUUAAGAGGGAAUGUCCGAAGCUUGAUGAGGGAAGACAGACCCACCAACGUGGAAACCGUGGCGAGGAAUCCUUACCGCCACCACCAAAGAGACAGGCUGUUGCACCACGCGUGUAUGAGCUGUCCGAGGAAACUGCCGCUGGGAAUUACAGGGCGAUUACUGGUGGUGUGGAAACGCACACCUUGUUUGACUCGGAGGCAACACAUUGUUUUGUGAGCCCGGAAAUGAUAGGAAAGGGUGGGUUCAGGCAAGAACCUAAUACCGGAUAUGGUAUGGUCCGAGCGGCCGGCGGGCAGGCGAUGUACCCGUCCGGUACAGUUCGAGGAAUUUUGGUCAUUGUCAAUGGUGUGGAUAUGCCUACUGACCUGAUCAUUAUUCCACUCAUGAAACAUGAUGUUAUCUUGGGGAUGGACUGGUUGGGAAAGAACAAGGCUCACAUUGACUGUCACCGAGGGAGGGCGGAAAGGAUGCUGGAGAAAGGUUGUGAGGCGUACUUAGCCACAAUCACAACCAAGGAAGUUGGGGAAAAUACGGAACUAGAUGAGAUUCCGGUAGCCAACGAAUUUGCCGAUGUGUUUGAAGCGGUACAGGGAGUGCCGCCGGAUAGGUAA